CAUUCCACAAUAAAUAGGCACCUGACCUCAUCUGUAGAUGUCAAAAUGCAGAUCAAAUAUGGGUAGAACAAUUCUUCCCGUUCUAGUAGCUUUCCCUUUCAUUGUCUCUUCCAUUGUCUCUUCCUUCGCCAUCAUCGAAGCCACCCAAAAAGGUCAUGACUUCGUCACAAGAUUGGACCCCAAGUCAAUCGGGCUAGGGAAAGAAAAGCUGAGCCAUUUUUGUCUCUACUGGCACGACGUUGUCAGCGGCCGGAAACCCACUUCCGUCCGGGUGGUGCAGCCCUCCAACAUAACUGCCACUGGUUUCGGUAUCAUCAGCAUGAUCGACGAUCCCUUAACUGACGGACAGGAAAUGAGUUCCAAAAUGGUGGGAAGAGCACAAGGGUUCUAUGCUCUGGCGUCGCACGAAGAAAUUGGCCUGUUGAUGUCUAUGAAUUUCGCCUUCACGGAAGGGAAAUACAACGGCAACACCAUCACGGUGCUGGGAGGAACACGGUGUUUUCGAAAGUGUGGGGAUGCCGGUGAUCGGUGGCAGUGGGCUGUUCCAGUAUGCAAGGGGUUAUGUUCAGGCCAGGACUCAUACAUUUGAUCAGAAAACAGAGGAUGCCAUAGUUGAGUACACUUGUUAUGUUCUGCAUUGUUGAUGAUUGUGACCCCUUUUGUGCUUUUUUUGCUUCAGCACAAAGAAAAAGAAAAGAAUGCCAUACGUUGAUGAGAUGUACGUGAGAAGUGGUUGUUUUCCGCCCUCUGUGCACCAAACUUCAUCAUCUCUAGUUGUUGAAUUAAGUCCAGAGGAAGUUUGCAUCUCCAGUAAAAUCUAGACAAGUUG